AUGAUACAAACGCAAGUAACAAAGCAGGGAAUGAACAACGAGAUAGACAUGGAGAACAGCGCGAGUACCAGAACGAGCGGCACGCACAUGGAGUUCGAUGAAAACAGCGGCAGGACGCUGAGCCAGCCUGGCCCGUGGUACGAAGUUCUCAAAGAAAGAAAAAGCCAGAAAACAGCGGAUGAGAACCGCAUAAAAGGAAGCAGCAAGGCGAACAGCGCCCAGAAUCUAAAAGAAGAUACGAGUGGGCUGACCAACCCAAAGAUGCAACCGACCAACAACCAACUGCAGCAACAGCGACGCGGGGACGGAAGAACCCGCGGAGGCAACAACACGCCACCAAGGAAACGCAUGUUGCCACCAUUACCAGAGGAUGAAUACAAGGUAGUAUACAGACCAAGAACGGGCCUCAAGCUUUCUUCGUGGUCUGAUAAAAGCCUCACGCAAGGCAUCGCCACAGCAGGCGGUUUUCCAUUCAAAGACUUCUACUCGAAUGUGACGAUCCAGACGCAAUGGGCUCAGAACUUGAUCAUCGCAAGUACUGCGGACGAGGACUACGCCAUGAAGCUGAGCAUGAUCACCCAGAUACAGCUAGGCGCGGCCUUGUACGAACUCAUGCCUUACCUAAAACCGCUCCCGGGCACCGUACGAGGAGUGGUGCACGGAAUAGAAGCAGGAACAACAGAAGAGGAACUUAAAGAACUUAUCUCAGUCAACGGCUACAGCAUUCUGCACGCAAGAAUGCUCGGAAAAUCCAGCUCGGCGCUACUCACGUUUGAGGGACCGCACGUGCCAUUCUACGUGAAAGCGGGUAGCGUGUUCACCCGAUGCCGGCCCCACCGCAGAUCCGUGCAGUACUGCAGAGCCUGCGGGAAUGUCGGCCACAGACAGGACGUCUGUCCCAACCCGGACACAAACAGGUGCAACCGAUGCGGAGCGGAAAAUCCUCAAGACAAUCACGAGUGUCAGCCUAAGUGCAAGCUGUGCUACCAACCCCACGAAACGGCAAGCAAGGAAUGCCAGAAACGACUCAAACCAAGUCCCCCACCGUUACACGUAAGGGAAAGAAGCAAAUCGCAAAGUAAACAAGCCGCUUGGACGGGAGGUGCAAACGACCGCCCUUUCGAGCAGCAGCAACGGACGUCAUUGCCGCAGGACAGAGUGGUGAGCUGGCCCCAGCUGGGGUCCCACUCUCCCAAUGCUCCAGACCCAUUUCCCCCACUGCCGGUCACGCAGCAGGAUUCAAGUAACGCACAUUUCGAGCAGACCAUAGACACACUUAAGAAACAGAACGCGGAGCUUAUCUGGCGCUUAGAAAACAACGAAAAAAAAGCGAAGGCUAGGGAACAGGCCCUAGAGCAGAAACUGCAACAGUUUAUAGAGCAGAUGCAGAAACAGCAGCAACAACUGCCGCAAAUACCGCCGCGAGCUCCGACACCUCUGCCGGAGGACCUCGAACAAAAAAUGGAAUAUCACAUGAACAAAUUAGAUGAGAGGAUCGAUCAGAAGAUUGAUCAGACAAUGAGCCAGAUGACAAAAGCAGUUGAACAUAAAAUGAGCAAAAUGAUGGAAACCGUGAAUAAGGUCUUUGAAAACGUUAAUCCAACCAUCAUCCAAAUGAGUACGACCCUCAACGCCAAGAUUGAUCGAAUGGGGGAGACCCUCAAUGCCCAGAUGGGCAAGAUGGGUGAUGAGCUCAACCAACGUAUUUCCGACCUUGAGAAGGAAAGGGAACAAGCCCGAAAGAAGCCGAAAACGUCGCCAGGAGGGGAUGCGCUGACAGAAGAAACGAUCAGAACCCACAAUGGAGACCCGCCCUCGGACAACCUAAGGGACUUGGACAAGUUCCUGAGGGAGGUAAAGAAAGUUACCAAAGGGCAGAAGAUACUCGUAGUUGGGGACUUCAACGCACCGCAUGUAGCGUGGGGAUACCACAAAACCAACAAGAAGGGCACGGAUGUGCACAACGCGGCUCAGCACCACCAACUGACGCUGUGGAACGACCCUCAGUGUCCAACCAGGAUUGGAAACAGCAUCUCCAGGGACCCAAGCCCCGACUUAACUUUCUCGAAGGGCAUACGGCAAAUCGAAUGGACAAGGCUGGAAGAAACCCUAGGAAGCGAUCACUAUAUAAUUCAAACCGAACUCCGACACAACAAGACUCCAUUGAGAACGGGACAAGCGAAGAUCACGGACUGGACCGCGUUCCGAAAGGUGGAACACCCAGCGGACAUGGACGAUAUUGAAGAAUGGACCAGGCAAGUGAUGGAAGAGGUAACCAAGCACACAAAGACGAUACAACUCACUUCGGACAACCCCGAAGUUGACCCGCACUUACUCCACAUCUGGGAGGCCCGACAGGGCCUCCUAAAAAGAUGGAAGAAACAAAAGAGAAACCGCAAGCUCAAGGUCCGCAUUGCCCUGUUGACCAGGGAAGCUGAGGAGUACGCAGAGAAACUCGGAAUACAAAACUGGAAUCAGCUAUGCGACCGGCUACAGGGUACCCUGAGCAAUCGCAAAACAUGGGCAAUACUUAGGUCGCUGCUGGCAAAGACCGAGUCAAAGAAGGUCACGUGCCAACAUAUUCAACGCCUCAUCCACAACUAUCAGGGUUCAGAGGAAGACGUGCUCGAAGCCAUCACUGAAAAAUACAUUGGCAACCAACAACAACAGACGACGACGAUCACUCACCUGGACUACGAGGGAAAAUCCAACCCAGAGUUGGAUCAACCCUUCAGCAGGGCAGAGAUAGUGGCGGCGCUCAGGAACUUGACGAGAAACACGACCCCAGGAAGGGACAGAGUUAACAACAAGACGCUCCGUAACCUGGACGACAGAGCCACGGAGUGUCUCCUUAAGCACAUCAAUGAGAGCUGGGAGACCGGGAAGAUACCGGCAUGCUGGAAACACGCGGAUGUGACAAUGAUCCCAAAACCGGGCAAACCGAUCACUGUGCAGAACCUGAGACCAAUAUCCCUCACAUCGUGUGUGGGAAAGCUAUUCGAGCACAUGGUACACAACAGAUUAUCCCCGUAUCUCGAGGAGAACGAAUUCCUCCCUAACACGAUGUUUGGAUUCAGACCUCUCCUAUCGACCCAAGACAUCCUUCUUCAACUCAAAGAGGAUGUAAUAGACAACCUCAGCACGCAGCACAAGAGCGCAAUUCUAGCAUUGGACGUCAAAGGGGCGUUUGACAACAUCUCCCACAGUGCGGUGCUAGACAGCUUACAAAGGACAAACUGCGGCCAAAAGACUUACAAUUUCGUCCGUGACUUUCUCACAGACCGGACAGCGACCAUAGGCCUGGGAAACCUAAGGACCGAACAGAUCAAGGCUCCACAAAAGGGAACCCCUCAGGGAUCGGUGAUCUCGCCGUUGCUUUUCAAUAUUGCAAUGAGGGGUCUACCGCUCCUUCUAAAAGACAUUAAAGGUCUCAGCCAUGCAAUCUACGCGGACGACCUUACCAUAUGGACGACGUCGGGGUCGGCAGGAAUGCAGCAAGACGCUCUGCAAGAAGCGGUGAACAGGACCGAGAGAUAUUUGAAAGAUUGUGGUCUCUCGUGCGCUCCGGAAAAAUCGCAACUUUUGGUGCUAAAAAAGAGGGCGAGAGGUCGUCCUCCACCGGAAACACCAGACCCCGUACUAACUCUACAUGAAGAUAACAUCCCACAAGUCGACGUGCUCCGUGUCCUGGGAGUAGUAUUUCAGAAGGAUGGUGCAGGGAUCGCCACAGUGCAAAAACUCCAAGAAACAGUCACACAAGUUACGCACCUAGUAAAACGGGUAACAAACAGAAACCACGGCCUCAAGGAGCAAGACACUUUGAGAAUCAUUCAAGCACUCGUCAUCAGCAGAAUAACGUACGGGACCCCGUAUCUGGGGCUCAAAAACAGCGAGCGCGAGAAGAUUAACACACUCAUUCGCAAGACAUACAAACUGGCCUUGGGGCUUUCCCCAACAACCUCCACAGAGAAACUACUCCGAUUGGGUAUACAUAACACAUGGGAAGAGCUGGCAGAAGCACACAAGGUGAGCCAGGUUGAAAGACUUAAGCUCACCAGUACAGGCAGGGACACCUUAAGAAGACUGGGCUACGGAAUCGAAGACGAGUCAAGAAGUAAGCAAAGGAUUCCAUUACAACUAAGAGACAAUAUCACAGUUGCAUCCAUUCCUCGCAACAUGCAUCCAGAACACAACAAAGAACGACGAAUGGCAAGAGUGAGAGCACUGAGAAAGACCUACGAGAGAGACGAUGACCGCGUGCGGUACACAGACGCAGCGAAAUACAAGGGAAAGAAAGCACACGCGAUUAGCGUGGUAAACAACAAGGGAGAAGAAAUCGCGGCGGCCUCCGUGAGGACCCCAGACACGGACUCAGCAGAGGAGACAGCAAUCGCUCUUGCGGCGACGACAGGCAAGGAACUCCUCACGAUAAUAACAGACUCACAAGCCGCCUGCAGAAAUUACCAACUAGGCCGAAUAUCACGAUUGGCCCUCGAAACGUUAAAAAAAUCAAAGAUCCCCGAAAUAGUCAUAGUCUGGACCCCAGGACAUGAAACCCUAGCGGGUAAUCUAGCGGCGCAUGCCGCUGCCCGAGAACACUCUCUCCGGGCUACCUCGCUGGGCGACCGUGCUCCAGCGGAUACAGACGAGGGCGUUCCAAAAAGAUACACCGACAUUCUAGCGCAUUACAGACUAGAGAGGAGAACCUACCCUCCCCCACACCCUACAAUAUCCAGAGAGGACGCCGUGACACUUAGACAGCUACAAACUAACACUUUCCCGCACGGCACAUUAUUUCACGCAAUGUACCCAACUCAAUAUGACUACGACUGUAAAAACUGUCGAGUGCCUAACACUCUCUACCAUAUGGUAUGGGAGUGCAUGCACAACACCUCCAUACCCCUUCCGCUGACCGGGACAGACGCAGAGGGAACCAGGGUGGCGAGAGUAGCCGAACCUUCGUCCGGUGGUCCCUCUGCCGGCGGCUCGGUCAGGACAGCGAUCGAGAACCAUGCCCGCGCGGCCGUCGCCGUGCGACAAUCGAGCCGGGCCUCGCUCACCCACCACCUGGUGUGCAGGUACUGCGGCCUGGACAGCAACCCCGAGCAGAUGGUGGCGCCGUGCAGGUGCAGGAAGCGCAGUACCUUGCGCUGGGCCCACAUCAGCUGCCUGGAGUCGUACAUGAACCGCGAGCAUAGCAGCCGCUGCCACUUCUGCAAAAAGCAUAUUUCAUCCGCCGUGCGAAAAAUGUCUGUCUUGGAUUGGCUGACGGCCCGCUCUGCGCGGAGGUACCAGUGCGGACUCUUGUUCGCCGUCCUGCUGACCGUGUCCAUGGUUCCGGCGCUGUACAUGGCCUGGGCGUACGCGAUGUUCACCGUGGCCUCUCAGCUCCACUGGGCCGUCACCGUGGUCGUCGUUCCCUUCAUGCUCUUCCAGACGUCCACCUGGCUCGGCUUCGCAGCGUACAGCUUCUGGAUCUACUACAGCAGCAUGCGGACGUGGCGCCAGGAAAACGCCGUGUUCACAUUCAGUGCGAGACAGGGCAUCCCGCGCAGCGGAGAACAUAGCCCCGAGCGUUAGAUGUCAUGCGCC